AUGGUCGCGGAUAUGGACUCAUUUCUUGCCUCCUGUAUGGAAAUUGCACCCACUUUAAGGCUCCCCCUAGUGUUCCAUCUUCAGAUAGUACAUCUUUCUUGGAAGAGCUGUUCCACAAGGAGCAAGGAGUAUCAAGACGCACCGUCUUAAAACGGAGAUGGGGGUGAGCUCUAAUCACUGUGGCCAUUCUCGGCUUCGUUUUUUGUCUCAUUCUGACAUUUGUCGGGUCAUUGAAAGCAUCGAGGGUUCUGCGGGAAAGACGUGACCGAAACCGCACAGAUUACGAGCGUGUGCCUCGGGAGACGAUCAUGGAUGAGUAUGAGGCGCUCAAGCAGGUCUACGGGUCUGGUUGGCGGUCCCUGGCGUACUUGAGAGAGCAUAUUCUCAAAGUCGUCGGCAACGCCUACUACCAUCCCCUUUUCCGAGUCUUCCUUGGUGUUAUGUUGGAUUGAACCAUUUCAUUUCUACAGGACUUAUUUGCAUUCAGUAGUGCUAUUCAAAUAUGAAAUGUCUCAUCCUCUAAUGGUGAAUACGAGCAUUGGCCAGACAGGUUUGAGCCUGAGACUGGUCGAUUAGCGGGACAAUUUGAGAUACCACACGCCGAUCACUGGUUCUACAGAGACGAGGCUCUAGUAGCAGAUCCGAACUUAGAGUCUCGGUUUCCAAGGCAAAGACAAGCGAGCAAAGACCGACGUGCAAAUCUUCUAGCUGGUGGGUUGAUUCAAUUAAGCGUUGAAACAUUUCAUUUUUACAAAAAGCCCUCUUCUUCCUCCACCUCCGCCAAUUCCUAUUUGUUUAUAAGAUCAAAUGAACUAGUGCAGGGGUGCGGUAACUUAACGACCUAUACAUAGUAUCUAUAAUCUUAAUCUACUUAGUCCUAUCAUCAUCUUCAUUACCUGCUUUUGUUGUUGUUCCUUACCAUAAUCAUUCCUCUCGAUGAAAAGUGAACAAAUGUUUUAUCAACCUUUAACUCAAGGCUUGUUUAAUGCGUGCAUUGCAGGCGAAGCAGACCCGACUUCACCACGCGGGAUGAGGAAACAAGGUGGGGGUGGAAGCGUAAGAACUGAAGUAAAGCCAGGUCGUGUGAUGACUGAAGGUAACGUUACCCGCGACGCCAAAGCUAGACAUAGGCUGAGGGAGGCUGAACAAGGGGAGAGAGGCCACCUUGUGGAGGGAGACACCACAGCAAGCGCAGCUUAUUCUCAGUGUUAUGGCUAUCUUCGCUACUUCGUGUUGUUCAUCCCUAUGCUCAUGUAGAAAGACCAGCAGGAAAGGACUCAUGAAGGAACUGAUGGCACCACGUCGUGGCAGCUCUAAGAUUUCUUUUCAGCCUGCUGUACUGCUGACCCUUCUACUGUAUUAGCCCAAGAACAAGAUCGAGACGGCAGCGUCGGCUUCAAAGCGCACAACAUCGACUCUCCGUCGGGUGUGGAGACACGUGUCACGCAGAAUAUGGAGGCUAGUGAUGACGAGGACCCAUUUGACAAGUCUAAUACUUCUAGUACUCUCGUCGGAGCAGGAACUCAGAUUCCAAUAUCAUCUUCAGGUCAGAUUCCAAUAUCUUCAUCAAUUAUGACGCGAAAUGUAGGAGGAGAACGACAUCAAGGCUGCUCUAUCAAUCCAUCGCAGCUUCAUCAGUUAUCUGCUUUCGGUGCAACAGUAAGUAGCAACUCAUCGUCAUUUGAAGCAAGAAGAACAUCUGGAGGAGUACCUACCGCAGGGACUUCUAGAGCGUCGGGUCCUGCUCAAAUGACAGCGGGUGUUUUCACGCUGCAGCAACCAAUGCUGAACUUUCGACCUUCCAUGACUAGUGCUGGGCCUAACGGAAUGAGCCAUGGAAUGAUGAGGAUCUCUUCUAGCGGGUCGAUGCUCUCGGCAAAUGAAAGCCCAAGUAGGGUACUCAUUUUGCAAGUUUUUGACAUUUGAGCUCUGCAGGUGCAGCUAAUUCAAGUAGACAUCUAGUAAAAGAUCUUAUAAAGGACAGCUCAGGAGAACUACUUACGGGCAUACUUUAUUCCCAUAAAUAUGAUGAUAUUGUUGAUCUUGUCAGCCUGCUGGCGGUAGCACCGGUUCGUUGUUGGGACCUCCGAUGAAAAUCGGCUUUGGAAACUUGCGUCCGACGACAAGUAUCGCAACUUCAUCACAGAGGAAUGCUGAUGGAGGAAUGCUGAACUACAAUCGGACUUCAUCAGUUCUCAAGAACACGAAUAGACCUAGUAGCAACAAUAUAUACACUACUACUACGCUCCAUACUAGUUCAGCUCCUGCUAUGGCGUCCACAGCUGGUCGAGGUACUCUUCAACACGAACAAUACUAUCAGAACAGCACAACUGGUGUUAGGACUACCGGUGCUGUGGCGGAGCAAGAAGUUGCUUUAGCAGGCUUACGAACGCCCUCUAUGCCUGUCGGUGGAGCAGCCGGCGCUGGAAUUACCUUAAGACUUGUUGUAUAUCGUAAAGAUUAACAAUUAGUAUUUUUUGGCUCAAGGAAAGGGUUGAUGGGAUCGAGUUAGUAUUUUUGAAAGCUUCAUCUGGAUAUAAUGGUAGUAGUAGCUGCGUCUGCGGCAUUUGUCUUUAUAAUUAGUAUAAAUAUCGAUCAAUCUCCGAUUUAAAUUGAAAAUCAAAACUCUAAUAAAAAGGUCAAUUCAUCGUGUUCAAAGAAGUGCUAAGAAAAGGUGUCAUCUUCUAACUCCGACACCCAGAACAGCUGCUACAACUACACCCCGCGGAGGAGCCUAUCCCCCCGGUAUGUUGCAGCGGCAAGUAAGUUCAGGUCUAGACAUUAUGCAGGAUCUCGAUGCUGCUGCUAUGUCUGCACGUGGUGUUGCGUUAGCAGAUCCUGAUGCCGGAAGUGCGUAUAUACCUGAAGAAUAG